AUGGCGGCCUCCACUUUGCUUCCGGGGCGAAUCACCAUCACCGUGAGCACGGCGUCGGGUGCGAGCUGCACCAUCGCAGCCCUGGCGUCGGGGCGUGUGGACCAACUUCAUGGGGCCAUCGAGAGGGUCUUGAAGAUCCCGACCUGCGUGCAGAAUCUCAUCAUCGCUUGCGAGGGCGGCUCAAGGGAGAUCACGAGCCACGAGCUCCUCUCCAGCCUUCCCCUGGAAAGCUGCCAGAAUCAACUCACCGUCUUCAACAGCUGGCCGAAGGAUCCCGCGGAGACGGUGGAGAAGGUCAAGGCCGCAUCCCGGUCUCCGACGCCGCAAACUGCAGCAGCUGUCGCACGGUGCUUGACCUUUGAAGACAGCUGUGUGCAAGCUGCCGCACUGCAGGCACUGUCAUGGAUGGGAAAGGCAGGCAAGCAGCAUGCACCUGAAAUUGCCGAGAAGCUGCAGAUGGAGCUACCAAGGAGGUACCACUAUGGUGUGCGCUUGCCAACUGUGGAGGGCAGACAACAGAGGGCGGUGGCGAUUACUGCCAUAGUCGCCUUGUCCUGGUUAGAGGAGGCUGGAGCCGCUUAUGCCGCUGACAUCCUCUUCUACAACUGGUUUUGGAAUUCCCACACGGCCAGAGGUGCUUUUGACGAGAUGUGCCAGUCGGAAUCGUCCACAACCCGACUCGCUGCAAUAAAAUCAUUGAUUGCCCGCUUGGAGAAAGAUGGCUUUGGUCCUAUAGAGCACGAUGAGCUAGCACGUCGCCGAGUUGCGCUACCAUACAUCUGCCGCGCGGUCUUCGAUGAGUGUGCCGAGGUGCACCAGGUGGCAGGAGCAUGCCUGAUGCGAUUCGUCCCGCCUUUCGCUGGUGAAGCGGACAUCUUCAUUCUGGGGCAAGACAUUAUAGACCAAUUCCUGCGUUUCGGAGAUAGAUUCAGUGGCAAGUCCCUUCCCGAGACCGUUUCGACCUUUUGCCGGGAUCUCGCCGCGAAGUUGGAUGGGUACUGGCCACAGCAUGCCGGCUGGCAGGAGGGCAUCGACGACGAGGAGGACGCGGAGUCUCUGGAAGCGGGCACCCAGGUGGCCACGGCCACAGUUCGCUAUCUCCGGCGCCGAUUUCAGCAAUGGCUGGCCGACAGCCAGGCCUCGUUUGGUGCGAUUGAGUCAGCAGCGAUGGAUCUCAUUGAGGCCUUUGAGUUUGGCCUCGGCAGCCCUCGAUGGCAGGUGCGGAGGGCAGCCGUGGAGAGUCUCAUCGCGAUUGCUCCAUGGGGUGCUCAUGGUGUGGUUGGCGUGAUCAGCAUGCGGGAUAAAGAGAAGCGAAAAGAGGUCUUAGAAGUCAUGGCAAGCUUCCUGGACAAGUAUGCGGCGGAUGUGGAAGACCCUUCUCGGGUGCGUCAGCUUUACGUCGGCUUUGACGAUGGCUGGAGCUCCGACUAUUCGGAAGAAUGCAGACAGGAGUGGAAUGCACAAUGGGAAGACUCCCUGAUGCGUGACAAGCAUGGUGGAUUUCUCAAGUCGCACGCCACCCGCAGGGCACGUCACAACAAGCAGCAUGGCGCCAAUGCAUCGCAGGGACCGUCCACAAUUGCAAAGAAGAAGAAGUGGGAAAGGCGAUCGAAGCCCGCCGAGGUACAAAACUAUUCGGAGAUCAAGAAGAUAAGCCAACGAGACAAGGAGCAGGAUCGCCAGCUCAAGGCGGGCAUGCUUGGACGCGAGCUCUUCAGCCUCUCCUUGGGCCUCGCAAGCGAGAGCUCUUAG